CCUACUCACUCCCCCCCUCCUACCCCACCCAUAUUUCCUCCCAUGCCCUCUUUCUCUCUGCUUCUCCCUCCCUCCUCCCCCAUCUGACUCCUCUCUCUGCCCCACGCUCUGCUUCGCCCAGUCCAGCCAGUGAGGCGCUGUGCGAGUCGGUAAGGCGAGUGUCAGGUGUGUGAGUGAGUGACCAGGUGAGUUCAGUGGGCUGUGCGAGUAUAGGUUGUUGAAUAGGUGGUUCAGGUGGUUGAAUAGCUGAGUGAGUAGGUGAGCGCGUGAGUGAGUCUCCUUUCCCGAGAAGCACUCUGCUGGUGAAGAAGUGGAAGCCGCGCAGCAACAUCAGCAGCAGGAGCAGCAGCAGGAGGAGGAGCAGCAGCAGGAGCAGCAGCAGCAGGAGGAGGGUGCAAUGGAGUCGAUGCGGAGGCAACUGCUGCAGGAGGUGUGCCCAGGCCCAGCAGGGAGGCCGCGCUCCAAGGUGACCGUGGUGGGGGUGGGCCAGGUGGGCAUGGCGAGCGCCGUCAGCAUCCUGCUGCAGAACAACGCAGACGAGGUCGCCCUCGUGGACGUGAUGGAAGACAAGCUGCGUGGGGAAGCCAUGGACCUGCAGCACGGCUCACUGUUCCUCAAGACAGCCAAGAUUGUGGCCGACACCGACUACGCGGUGACAGCCGGCUCCAAGCUCUGCGUGGUGACGGCCGGCGUGCGACAGAAGGAGGGGGAGAGUCGCCUUGCCCUGGUGGAGAGAAACGUCACCAUCUUCCGGAAGAUUAUCCCCAACUUGGCCAAGUACAGCCCUGACGCUGUGCUCCUCAUCGUGUCAAACCCAGUGGACAUUCUGACGUUCGUUGCUUGGAAGUUGAGCGGAUUCCCCGUGCAUCGCGUCAUCGGCAGCGGCACCAACCUGGACUCAGCGCGUCUGCGAUUCCUCAUGGGCGAGAGGCUGGGAAUCAGCCCUUCCAGCAUUCACGGAUAUAUCAUCGGGGAGCACGGGGACUCCAGCGUGGCAGUGUGGAGCGCAGCCAAUGUGGCCGGAGUGAAGCUGCAGCAGGCGUUGGAGGCAGAGCAGCGCGGAGCGGAGGGGGGGGUCUGGACAAGCAUUCACAAAGAGGUCAUCGACAGUGCUUAUGAAGUUAUUCGUCUCAAGGGGUACACGUCCUGGGCUAUCGGCCUGAGCGUGGCAAGCCUGACCCAAUGCAUUCUCAAAAAUCUCCGCACCGUCAACCCUGUCUCCACACUGGUGCAGGGCAAGCAUGGCAUCACAGAAGAGGUGUUCCUCUCCCUGCCAUGUGUGCUGGGCUCCACGGGCGUCUGUGGGAUCCUGAACCAGCCGCUUACGCCACCCGAGACUGCCCAGCUGUGCACCAGCGCCCGGGCUCUGUGGGAGGUGCAGAGGAAGCUGGAGAUGUGAGCCUCAACGCCACGCGCCUCGCAGACUGUGGGGGUAGAGAGCAGAGUGGGGCGAGAGAGCAGUCUUUUCCUUUACCUAAGAGGACCUUCAACGAGCUUUGAUUGAGGCAAGCCUUGCAAGUGAUGAGUUGCCCCAAGCAAGUUACGAUUGAAACAUCGUCUUCAUGAGGGAAAAACGGAAUAGGCUGUAACCCUUUCUGGCAAUAAUACAGGUGGUAAGAUACGCAAACACCAAAAUAGACACACCUACUGCAAGGCAUCAUCAAAUCUGCAUUUACCACACAUCAUCACGCUUGUGGUAAAACAUGCAAACAAAAGUACUUCGCUAAUAAUGUUUUCGUUGUCCUUGAAACAAAUUGGCCUACACCAGAGAAGCAUCUGUUAAGGCCUUGUCUCACCACCAGUGUUACACCAGAGAACAAAAGGGUACCAGAGAUAUCUUAAAUGCCCAUUGCAAGACAUCUCUGAGUGUGACCUUUUAACUUACCAGUAACAUAAUGAUGAAUAAAUAAGAAUAGGCUUUACCCUUUCUGGGAAUAAAACAACUGUUUAAAUAUUCAAAACGGAUCCCAUUGAUAUAAUUCCUCAACCCGGCCUUAUUAAUGCUUUGGAUUCAUAUUCUUAGGUUUUUUCGGUAAAGUCACGUAGGUAAAAAAUUAAAAUUAAUAAAAGUAAAAUAAAAUAAAAAUCACGACGUUUCGGAGGCAACACAAGCUUUACCUACGUGACUUUACCGGAAAAAACCUAAGAAUAUGAAUCCUUGCAGUCACGAAAGCUUCAAAUCUAUAAUUAAUGCUUUGGAUGUUUGCAUUGCUUUUGUGCCAUUCGCGUUUUGGCGUUGUUCUCUGGUCUAACACUGCUUAAACACCACAGAUACCGAUUUGAACAUCUUAACGCCUUGUUUUAUUGCCAGAAAUGGUCAAGUCUAUUCUCAUUUGUGUUCAUCCAUUUGUAAUGAAAGCGCUAUGGUGGGGAUUACAUUACAUUUAUACAGUCCACAUAUUAUCGAUAGUGGGAGAGUAUCUGGGGGAAAGGUGAAUGGGCAGAGCUAGCAGGGAAGCCUCGGGAACGUUCUCGAAGGUUCCAGGAAGGGCGUGGCCAGAGGCGGGGCUUGGUCUCUGAGUAAAGAAUAUAAGCAGGGGGUACAACAACGUGCGUGGUCGGUGUUUGAAGAUCGAAGAGAAGCUCCCCACGCUCUCCACCUGCCAUGUGGCGGUUCGACCUCCAGCCGCUCAAUAGCACGCCGCCAGCCAGCGGUGCAUUAGCGAGCGGGGGGAGCGCCACGUGGCGCGGGGCAGCGCAGCCACGAGAGCGGGUCGACAUCCGCAGAGAGAGAGAGGUGGCUGUACCGAAGAUUUAAUAAAUACCUUGAAGCUCCAUACCGUGUCAGAGCCACUUAUUACACAUUUGCAGGGCCACGUUGAAAAAUAAUUCUAAUAUCUCACCACGGUGGCUAGAAGAUGUUAGCUACCUCGCUUGGUAUACAGGAGCGUGUGGUUUCAAUCCUGACGCCUGCUGUAUAUUUAGAGUUUGCGUGUCUCUUUGCAUGGUCGUGUGGAUUUUUCUCUGGGCCCUCUGGUUUUUGCCUUCACAUUUAGAAUCAACAUUUGUUUCGAGUUUUUGGCUGCUAUAAAUUUCCACAAGGCACUUCGUAGAGCUAUCAUUUGUGAUAGCCAGGUAGCUUCUGAAAAAUAUCUACAUAGCUCAGUGGGCCUUACCUGGUAAAAUAAAAAAGUAUUUUUUUUGUGAAUAAAUGAAUAAAAAGAUCUUCAUCCUAUAACCAUUGUAUACAGGGCCGGAUUAAGAUUUUGUAGGCCCUUGGGCUACACGUAGUGAGGCCCUCAGUAAUAUUUUCAAGGAAAACAAAGUUACGUAAAAAUGUAAUGUAUUUUUACAAGGCUAACAAGAAAUAAAAUUCAGCAUUCACAAGUGAAACAAACUUUUCACCUAAUCUCUGGAGGCCCUCCAGCUGGCGGAGGCCCCUGGGCUUGCAGCCCCUAAAGCUCCCAUGCCUUAAUCAGGCUCUGAUUGUAUGGAAUUAUGUUGAAAGUAUUUGUGGCCAAUCACAGCAAGCCACGAGCAUCACGUGACCAGACACCCUCCAGUCACAACACUGUGACCACAGCCAAUACACCACUUUGGAGAUGCAUUUUACAUUGGAAGCAACAACCGACUGUUUGUGAACGGACAGGAUUUCAAACAGUGUACAUGAAUAUUGAUCAGAAAAAUGGGACAUUGACAAACGAUAAUGGAACCAAAAUAAAUGAAAAUUACAUUAAGCAUGAAGAUACGCAUGCUGAACUAAACUAUUUUAAGUUGAACAGGUAAGGCCCACUGAGCU